UUGAGUUUUAAAAUUGCAGCUAUACUGAAGGCGCAUCUGCAUGGACGCGGUGUGUCUCUGGUGUCUGCCCGCCUGUUGUCAACUACAGGAGCGCUUACUUACUUACUCAACCGCUUUCCCUUCCUUCGGUAGACAUGGCCUCAAUAAAAGAGAGAGCCGCGGCGCUGAACCUUGCAGAAAAGUUGUGUGUGCGUCCUCAAGCACAUGGAGUGGCGAGUAAGCCAGUGCAGUCUUCAUCCAUGUGGAGUGGCCUCAUCUCCCACCUCAGGUCCUCUGUGAAAGUGAAGCGUCGACGGGUCCACCUCAAGUCUCACAGCGACUGCUUCCUGGGCUCAGAGGCUGUUGAUGUGGUGGCAGGACACAUAAAUCAUGUCAAAGGCUUUGAAGGUGCCAGCGUGUCACGGGACAAAGUGGUGUGUGUGUGCCAGGCUCUGUUGGACUGCAAUGUGUUUGAGGCAGUGGGAACCAGCGUAUUUGGCAAAGAAAAGAAGCAGGAUGCGUUUCAGGACAGCAAGAGUGCUCUUUACAGGUUUGUAGGCGUGUGUACUCCUUCGAUCGAUGAGUUGGAAAGUGGUGCGCUUGUGAAUGGGAUCCAAAAACUCUUCUGCGGUGCUCCUACACACAGCCAGGAAGAGCAGACAUGUCCCACUGGGUCACAUGUUCAGAUGUCCUACCCUGUCAGAUUUACUCAGACACCCAUAAAGGCCAACCAGCUGGACACUGCUGCCCCUGCCAGCCUGUCAGUGGAGCCUCUGGUGGACAGUCUGUCUCUGAGUCCCAGCAGAGUGCAGUCUGACACUGCUUUACCACAAUCAUUGGUAGACGAAGUGUGGCAGGAGCAGACUCUGCUCAGGCUCUUAAACCUGGUGGAGCUCCCCCUGCUGGAAGGGGUGCUUCAGUGCAGCCAGACCCCAUCCUCUUCUCCUCCAUCAAACCUGCUGGCUCACAGUAACCCAGACCUGAUCUACAGCAGCAACCACCUGGACAGGCAGAUCCUCAAGGCCUUCAGGGACUCUCAGGAAGAUGAGUGGCUCUGUGCAGCUCUGGACUGUCUGGACUUCCUCCCUGAUCAGCCAGUGGUGGAGCUGAGCAGGGAGCUGCCUCAGUGUGCCCUGCGAGAUCAGGACAGCUGUGAGCAAGUGCCAGCUGCUAGCAGUACACAGGAUGGAGGCCAGUGCAACAGUGACGUGCAGCCUCGUCUCUCCCAGAGUGGUUUGUCCCAGUGUAAGCUGCGGCUGUACGGGACCCUGGUGAAGCACUACAGCCACACAGACAGGCCUCCCCUGCUGCCCCAGCACAUGACCGACAUCUACACUGCCAUCACUGACCUGCUGGUGAAUGCUAAGUUGGGCACGGCUCUUGAGGCUCUGCAGCUGUGUCUGAAGCUGUUGCCUCCUGCCUGCAGAGACGAGCUGCGCAGGCUGCUGACAUUCAUGGCUGUGGCAGGUGACCCGCAGAGGAUAAGAUUGGACAAGGAGAUGGAGAACAGACUGGCUGUGAAGAAGUCCUUCUCUAGAGCAAUCCUCCACAACAAGACUCUGUCAAAGGAGAAAGAGGACCUUAUGGUGGUCUUCAUGCUCAGCAACAUGAAGGAAAUUUUUAAGAUACCAGGGGCUCUGCACAAAGGAGUGAGUGACAAGCUGGCCAGCCUCGUACAGGGGAAGCACCCCGAUGUGACUGGCUCCACGUUCUGUCAGCAGGUCUCCAGCAGGACUUACACUGACUCUACAAAGAAGACCACCAACCAGGAACUGUGGAUUCUGCUAAACAGCAUCCACCUGGACAACAAGAUCUCUGCCAAGGAGAGAAAGCGCCUACUCAGACAGUUCUACCAAGCCCACCCAGAGAUAUUUAACCAGUAUUUUGGUGAAUCUGCUGCUGGUAUGCUGUAGAUUUGUGAAGACAAUGACAUAGGCACAAAGCCUCUCUGUUGUCUUCUUCAGUCAGUUUCACCAGUAGCUACUUUUUGCAUCAGUUGGUCUAUUCUUGGCUGUGUUUUUCAAUACAUAUGAAUUCAUUACUUAGAAUAUAUUUAUCAUUUUUUAUUUUCUGCAUAUGUGAGUCAGAUCUCCACAUGGAUCAAAUUUAUGUAACUUUGAAGGCAACAUUGCUAAAACAAAUGGUAAUUUGAAUCCAGCUCACUUGAAUCACAACUAAAUUUAAUUUGAAUUGGACAUGAAUCUUUAGAUAGACAAUUCCAAAAAUACCCUUGUAGAUAUAAACUUUUGGAACAUUUGCGAACUACACACGAUUUAUUAAACAUGAUGAAAUAUGAUUUAUUAAACUAAUUAAUUUGAAAAUACAUUACAAAAUCUCCAAAUAGGUUUACUGAUAAUUUUAUCAGCUUGGUCUUCACAAGGGUUCAGAAACCUUAAUAGCUUAAUCAAUGGCACACUACCAGUAAGUUUGCAGGAGAGGUUUUUUGUGUGGAAAUGUUGAGGUGCCAUAUUAUCAGCAGGCCAGAUCUCGUAUAUGAUUACAAUGUCCUGAUUAUGAGAGAAAUGUUUUGUUUAAAUGUUGCUAUGCAUGUUGCCUAUAUGGAUGGAAUAAAAUUACAGAUCCAC